AUGCCGACAACACCAGAAAAGAAGAGAUCCGGACAUCUGGUAGCGUCGCCUGAAGGCGGAAUCUCGGCGGCAACCAAAAAACCAAGUACUGGCGGCUCGAAACGGAAGAGGAAAUAUCAAUUUGCCCCUGUUGACACGCUCGGAAACCGAAGUAACGAUGAAUCGAAUGUUCUCCGAGCAAUUUCGGUGUCUCAGGUAAGAAACAGCACGGUAACUAAGUCAUCGCGGCAAGAAAAGAAAGCCAGCGAGUCUAAACUGCGCGGUUCUGCCCCAAUAGCCAAGGCUAAACAUGAUGCAAGAGAAUCUAGGGUAGCGACUGGUGGAGAGGACGGCAUGCCAAGCGAAAAGGUGAUCUGGCAAUAUUCGCCUGUGCGAGAGGAGCAUUCGGAUAAAGUUGGCAGUUCAUAUGAAAAUUCUGAAGAUUGGAUGGAACCCGAUAGAUUCGAGGAACCAUCUUCCACUCCGAUGCCUAGAAGGCUGAAGAGCGUUCUGAGUUUUGCAAAUAUUAGUGAACGCGAGCAAACAGAUAAUGCAUGUCCUAUGUCUGUUCCAGCUCGGAUCUCGACAAGAUCUAGGGGUACUACAGAAAGCUUGAGGGAGUCCUUAAGGGACAUCGAUGAUAUUUUGGAUGAUAUGGAGGGAGAACUGACACUAAAGCCGAAUGUGCCCAAGAUGAGUCAAAUACCGUCUUCUCCGAGCCGAAUGCGGGAGCAGGAGAAGGGGGACACAGCAGAUAAAAAAUCUGAAGGGGAUUGCGCUUACGCGUCGAGCGAUGGAGAUGAUUCGUUGAUCAAUAUUUUGACGGAAAAAAAGUCUGAAAGGCAAAAUAGUGCAAGACCACUUACUGAUUCAGAUCUACUAGACGAUUCCCUGGUAGAUUACUUCAAUGAGAUAAAUAACAGAAAGGCUGGGGAGUGCUGCGAGGACGACAUAGGUAAUGUCGAGGCGCGGCUGUCACAGAGCUUAAGAAUUCCUGAGACUGACUCACGGCAGGAGCCCGAGGCAAAAAUGGACGGGUACAUAAAGCUGGCCGGCUUCCCUAGCCGACGGAAAGGUGUAGAGAGGUUCGUGGUUACAAAGACUGCUGAAGUGAGUCUUCCGAAGAUCGGGCGUCAGAAAAUAUUAUCUUGUAUUGAUGAACAUGGGAAGAAUACCUCUGUCAUUGUACGACACCCAUGGAUAUACUUGGAGUUUGAGGAAGGAGACGUCAUACACAUUGUUGAGGGUCAGAACUUUGAGAAUAAAAAACUGCUAUCGGAUGAUAAAGACCCCACGACGCAGCUUGUGAAUGAUAAUCUAUUGAUACUAAACCCUGAUUUGCUUCUUUCCGCAACCGAAGUAGGAGGGUCCGUCGAAUGUUUAAGAAGAGCGGUCCUCCAGUCAGUAUUAGAAGAUUCGAGAGGUGAACCAAGUAUUGCCAUGAUAGUUGGUAAUAUUGUUCAUGAGCUAUUACAAAGUGCCUUGAUUAACAUGGUGAACAAUAAGACGCUUACGAUGGACUUCUUAGAGAAAAAACUUGAUUCACUGUUACAAACAUUCUCAUUUGCUAUCUUGUUAUGCAAUGCAAGUAUAAAAACCGUCAGGAAGGAAAUAACUGAAAUGCACUUGAAGAACAUUCACAACCUUCUUACUAGAUAUGUGAAACAAGGGAAUUAUGGUUGCUAUGUGUCUGUGUCUGGUACAAGGAAAACCGAUCCACUGUCGAUAGCGAACGUCAUUGACACAGAGGAAAGUGUCUGGUCGCCGAUAUAUGGCCUUAAAGGUUUUCUAGAUGUGACAUUAGACGUUCUUUGUAAGAAGACACGGUCAAUAGUACCUCUCGAGGUGAAAACGGGCAAAAGCAAAAGCAUCUCACAUGAAGCCCAGGGACUCAUCUACACCCUUCUGCUCAAUGACAAGUAUGAGGUUCCUUUUGAUUUUUUUCUCUUACUGUACACUAGACACAAUGAAAUGAUAAAACAUCCUUAUAUGCUUCAUUCAAUCAAGCAUGUCCUCAUGUUUAGAAACCAAAUGGCAACUAAACUGAAAUACAGGUUAAAGGAAUUCAAAAAAGGUGGACCAAUCGGCGAUAUUUGGCCUCCACUUUUGCAGAGCUCUUUUUGUGAUUCCUGCCACUUGAAAGCUCCCUGCAUGGUGAUAAACAAUUUACUCGAAGAUGGUACCGCAGAAUCAAGCGGUCUUAAGACAGAAGACUACGAAUAUCUGACCAACCACCUGGUGGCUAACCAUUCUGAAAAUAGUCGCUUCUUAAAAAAAUACAACGAACUAAUAACUCAGGAAGAGUCCUCAAUACAAUUCAUCAACAAAAGCCUUUUCCUUCUAAGCAGCGAAGCUCACGAAUCGCAAGGUGGUCAUUGCCUCGCAAAUCUGAAAGUUGUAAGCUCUACAAAUAAUCCACUGGAUAAUAGUUCUUUCCUUCAUGUUUUUGCUAGGACUAAAGAAGGUUUGCAGUCGAUGCUUUACGCUCAGCUGUCCAAAAAUGAUAGAGUUACCAUUAGUGAUGAGUCAGGGCAUUUCUGCAUCACACAGGGAGUCAUAGUGGAUAUCAAGGCCGAUUCAGUAACAAUUUCGGCGAGGAGGAAGGUUCUUAACAACAGAAUUCCCGCCCAAAAGUCCAGUGGAUUGACCAACAUAGUCAGCGCAGUUGAUGACAGAACAAGCAUAGAAUCCUUACUGAGGAUUCAAAACAUGGUUUCUUAUCGCAUCGACAAGAAUGAAGCUCAACAAGGUUUGGCGUUAGCGCGGUUCAGUCUGUUGAACCUUUUUCUGCCCCCAGUGCAAUCUGGACAAGUAAUAAUUGAUGAAGGCACGAAUGAACUGCGAUCCGUGAAAAGAUCUGACGGUGGAGAUGCACGAAUGCGUGCUUUUCUCGUGGACAAAGUGGCACCUCGCUUUUUAACUGAUAACGAGUCCCCACUUAUCGCAAAGGCAAGACAAACUCUAACACAAUUCAAUAGCGACCAAAUCAAAGCGAUAGAGAAUGUCCUGAGGGCCCAAGAUUAUGCCUUGAUUUUGGGCAUGCCGGGCACUGGUAAAACAACUGUUAUUGCUGAGAUAAUCAAGAUUUUGGUCGAUGCUGGAAAGAGCAUAUUAUUAACCUCUUAUACCCAUUCGGCUGUCGAUAACGUCUUAUUGAAAUUGCGAGCGACAAAUAUCAAAAUUGCCCGACUCGGGAGGAAGCAUAAGAUACUCCCUGAAGUCCAACAAUAUCAGCCUAAUUUCGAGGCUUUCGAAACAUACGAGGAAUACAUUGAAGAGAUCAACAGCCUUUCUGUGGUGGCCACCACAUGCCUCGGAAUCAGCGAUGUUCUGUUUUCAUUGCGAGAAAAGGAUUUCGACUACGUGAUUCUGGAUGAAGCCAGUCAGAUAUCAAUGCCGAUAGCUCUCGCGCCAUUAAGAUUAGGCGAGAAAUUUAUCAUGGUCGGUGAUCACCACCAGUUGCCGCCUCUAGUUAAGAAUGAAGCCGCCCGCGUCGGUGGACUGGAGCAAUCGUUGUUCAAAAUACUCUGCGACGAUCAUCCUCAAAGCGUCAGUGAGCUAACAAUUCAAUACCGGAUGUGCGAGGAUAUCAUGGCUUUGUCCAACUUUCUGAUAUACCAAAAGAAGUUGAAAUGCGGAAGCGACCAGGUUCGUGACCAAACUUUUAACAUUUCGUCCAUCGGAAAACUGACACGUUUUCGAACGAAUAGCAAUCAUCAGCCCUGGCUUGAGGACAUACUGGACCCGCAGAGAAGGGUGAUUUUUUUAAAUUACGAUAAUUGUACUGACUUUGAAGAGACUUCCGAGUCUGACAACAUAACUAAUGAGGGUGAAGUCAGGAUAAUCCAGCAGUGCUUAAAAGGGAUGGCGAAAUGCGGAGUGAAUCCCGCAGAUAUAGGUAUUUUGACUUUGUACCGGGCCCAACUGCAUCUUCUGAAGAGGACGUUUCAGGGUCCGAAAUGGGCUAACCUGGAAAUACUAACCGCUGACCAGUUUCAGGGUCGUGACAAGGAUUGUAUCAUCGUAUCUAUGGUAAGAAGUAAUACAAGGAAUAAUGCAGGCUCAUUAUUGAAGGAAUUACGACGGGUUAAUGUCGCGAUGACCAGAGCAAAGUCAAAACUUAUCAUAGCAGGUUCCAAAGAGACAAUUGGCUCACUUCCUCAAAUCAGAGACUUUAUUAAUCUGCUUAAAGAGCGCGAUUGGAUUUAUGAUCUUGCAUCGAAUUUUCUACAGGCCUACAACUUUGGCGACGAUGGCGAAUCGAGGACUGAUGAAGAAUACUCACCGAAAAACUCCCAAACAAGAACUACGGGCGCUAGGAACCUAAGCAGCCAGUCAAGGAUAUUCAAAGACACACCUAUUGUUCGCCAGGCCAUUUCUGAGAUCUGA